AUCAAAUUAGAAAAAUUGUUUCUAUUAGUACAGCUAAAAUGGGAAAACUUGACUGGAAUCAAGAUGUGGAACAAAAGAUUUACAGAGAUUGGGGAAAAUAUUACUCGCAUCGACGUAUGAAUAGUACUGCCAUAUAUUACUUUGAUAAAGCGUUGGAACUAAAUGAAAGUGAUUAUAAGACUCUCUAUAACCGGUGUCAGACCCAACGAAAGGCGGCAAGAAUCGAAAGUGCUUUAGCUGAUGCAAGAAAAGCCGCAAUCAUGGCAAAGGAGGCGCGGGGACCCAAUAUGAAUAUCAAUCUAGAAAUAUGCUGUGAACUUUUCGAGUUGAAUAAAUUUGUGACUAGUAAACGCGAAUUGCAAAAUAAUCUGCAAAUCUUCAAGGGAAAUGAGGCAAAGGAAUUUAUGAAGCGACUCGUAGUGGUUGAUAGCGUCAUUAAAGAUGUUACCGGUAAAGCCAUGACUUUGUUUUUAAGACAUCAGAAUCUGAUUCAACGUGCUGAUAAUAUCUACAAAGCAAAAGCAAUUAAAGAUGAACGAUUACUGUGGAAAAGAUUAAGCGAUCAGGGGAAAUGUGAUGUCGUUAGCAUACCGGAAAUUGAGGAAGAGAUUUUGUCACCUCUGGAAAUAUCGCGCAGGAAACGUGCGUUUAAUGUACUUCAUCAGACUUAUAUAAAUGAAUCUUGGUAUGAUAUUUAUUAUAUGAAGCACUUAAGAAAAAAUCCCAGCUUGCUUUUAGAACAGUGCAAACGUUCUAGGGGCAUUUUGGAGUCUCUAUCGAUGAAGCAAUACGAGAUUAUUAAACAGUUUAUGAAAAUGUUACAAUCUCGGAGUCCUCUUUACGUGGUCAAUUUCUUAAAGUAUCAAAAUAAGAAAAUGUUAGAAAAGAACAAGGAGGUGUAUCUAUUCCGAAUACAGUCGCAUACCUAUCGUAAUAUGAUUCAGGAUCUCAGACUAAUUCGCAAAAUGCGCAGAGAGAAAAAAAUCAAGAAUCUUUCCGAUUAUGUUGAGAAGAUUAUGGGUGGAUAUUACGUGAGAAAAACUAAUCGUGUCAUGUGCUGGAAAUUUGAAUUCAUAAAUGAAGUAUACAAUACCCUGGCCCUGGCAUUAUCCGAGCAGUAUUACGUUCCGAAAUAUGUUAGUAGCAGUUAUUCGACUAUGUGGCAACUCCUGCGCUUGCCACGUGUUGUAACGAAGGAUAUUGUACCAUUUGUUUUUGGGGACCGCGCUACAUACCAAGAAGGUGAUGAUCAAGACAUUAAAGGAAAGAAAUUCCGAAAAUUUAUUGCUCAUCUAGAGAAUCGAAUAAGAUUUUCCAAAUUUCAUAUCGAGAAGUGCUAUCUAUAUCAUCAAAUUGCUGAUACCCAUUUAUCGCAGGGACACUACGAUGAGUGUUGUUUUAAUGCUCGUAUAGCCAUUAAAGAGUGUCGAGAGUGUAACAGCUUGAUAUGGCACUUUCUAAGUGUUAUUCUAAUUGUCAAGGCCAAUGCGAUGCAGCACAAAUUGGAACAGACUGGAGAGGCUUUGGAGAUGUGUCUUCCCAUUGUCCAAGAGCUAAGAUCUCCGAGGCUUAUCAAGUUUGUCGAAAUGUGCAUUUUUUGCAUUAAUGAUGAAGUUUCGAAAAAGCUUACCUUGAUUUCAACUCGUCUAUCGAAGUCUUCAAUCAAAACGAGAUCAAGUUCAACUACGGUGCUCAAUGUGGAAACACAAUAGUAGAGGCAUUCUCUUAAUGGUCAUAUACAUAUUUUAAUAUGUAUAUUGGGUAUUUUCCAGAUUUAUAUUGCUGUGUAAAAUUUUAAUUUUGUUUGUAAGCGAGGGUGUCAUUGAAACAAAAGGGCACACUAGUUCCUUGCAGAGUCCGAAAAGUAUUGUCUACAGACAUAAAUAAAUAACAAAUAAAAACGAAUAACUUGA